GCCCGCCGGCGGCCCGAGACUCCGGAGCGCCGCGCCGCCGGCCGCUGAGCGCGCCGGGGAGGCGGGAGGCCCGGAGCGAGCGCCGCGCGGCCGCCACCCCCUGCUCCCUGCGCCCCGCCGCCGCGGCCCGGCCCGAGCAUGGAGACGGCGGAGAAGGAGUGCGGCGCCCUGGGCGGGCUCUUCCAGGCCAUCGUCAACGACAUGAAGAGCUCCUAUCCCAUCUGGGAGGAUUUCAACUCCAAGGCCACAAAGCUGCAUUCCCAACUGAGGACCACCGUGUUAGCUGCCGUGGCCUUCUUGGAUGCCUUCCAGAAAGUGGCUGACAUGGCCACCAACACCCGAGGGGCCACGCGGGACAUCGGCUCAGCGCUCACACGCAUGUGCAUGCGUCACCGCAGCAUCGAGACCAAGCUGCGGCAGUUCACCAACGCGCUGCUGGAGAGCCUCAUCAACCCGCUGCAGGAGCGCAUCGAGGACUGGAAGAAGUCGGCCAACCAGCUGGACAAGGACCACGCGAAAGAGUACAAGCGAGCCCGGCAUGAAAUUAAGAAGAAGUCGUCAGACACACUGAAGUUGCAGAAGAAGGCCCGUAAAGGCAAAGGUGACCUGCAGCCGCAACUGGACAGCGCCCUACAGGAUGUCAACGACAUGUACCUGCUGCUGGAGGAGACGGAGAAGCAGGCCGUGCGUCGGGCGCUGAUCGAGGAGCGCGGCCGCUUCUGUUCCUUCAUCACCUUCCUGCAGCCCGUUGUGAACGGUGAGCUGACCAUGCUGGGCGAGAUCACCCACCUGCAGGGCAUCAUUGACGACCUGGUGGUACUGACAGCGGAGCCCCACAAGCUGCCCCCCGCCAGCGAGCAGGUGAUCAAGGACCUGAAGGGCUCGGACUACAGCUGGUCCUACCAGACCCCGCCCUCGUCACCCAGCAGCUCCAGCUCCCGCAAGUCCAGCAUGUGCAGUGCCCCCAGCAGCGGUAGCAGUGCCAAGGGUGGCGGAGCCCCAUGGCCCGGGGGUGCCCAAACAUACUCACCCAGUUCCACCUGUCGCUACCGCAGCCUGGCACAGCCAGCCACCGCCACUGCCCGCCUCUCCAGUGUCUCUUCCCAUGACUCUGGCUUCGUCUCCCAGGAUGCCACCUACUCCAAGCCCCCCUCACCCAUGCCUUCAGACAUCACCAGCCAGAAGUCCUCCAGCUCUGCAUCUUCCGAGGCCUCGGAAACCUGCCAGUCGGUUAGCGAGUGCAGCUCUCCCACCUCGGACUGGACCAAGGCAGGCCCCCACGAGCAGCCCUCAGGCACCACCCUGCAGCGCAGGAAGGACAGGGUGGAGCUCCUCCGAGACUCAGAGCCAGGCCUGGCCAGCGGAGGUGGCCUAGGCCCUGGUGGAGAGGAUGUACCACGGUCCCGGAUGUCCCCUGCCACCAUUGCAGCCAAGCACGGGGAGGAGGUGUCCUCAGCGGCCAGUGACCUGGCCAUGGUGCUGACACGCGGACUGAGCCUGGAGCACCAGAAGAGCAGCCGAGACUCACUGCAGUACUCCAGUGGCUACAGCACCCAGACUACCACGCCCUCAUGCUCUGAGGACACCAUCCCCUCCCAAGGCUCCGACUACGACUGCUACUCAGUGAAUGGGGAUGCCGACAGCGAGGGUCCACCCGAGUUCGACAAGUCCUCCACCAUCCCACGCAACAGCAACAUCGCCCAGAAUUACCGCCGCCUAAUCCAGACCAAGCGCCCGGCCUCCACAGCUGGCCUGCCCACCGCGGGGCUGCCGACAGCCACAGGCGCACCCCCUGGCGUGGCCACCAUCCGACGCACGCCCUCCACCAAGCCCACAGUGCGGCGUGCACUGUCCAGCGCCGGGCCCAUCCCCAUCCGGCCGCCCAUCGUCCCUGUAAAGACACCUACAGUGCCCGACUCCCCUGGCUAUGUGGGGCCCACACGGGCGGGCAGCGAGGAAUGUGUGUUCUACACCGACGAGGCCACCUCGUCCCUGGCACCAGACCUUGCCAAGGCCUCGCCGAAGCGGCUCAGCCUGCCCAACACGGCCUGGGGCAGCCCGUCCCCCGAGGCAACUGGCUACCCGGGGACAGGGGCCAGGCUGGCAGCCGAGGACGACGAGGAGCAGCGACUGGCAGCCAACCGGCACAGCCUGGUAGAGAAGCUCGGGGAGCUAGUGGCAGGUGCCCAUGCCCUGGCUGAGGGCCAGUUCCCCUUCCCCACAGCCCUGUCAGCCACGCCCACAGAGGAGACCCCCACCCCUCCCCCAGCUGCCACCAGUGACCCCCCAGCUGAAGACAUGCUGGUGGCCAUUCGGCGCGGGGUCCGGCUGCGCAGGACCAUCACCAAUGACAGGUCGGCUCCCCGCAUCUUAUGAUGGCACCACCUGCCCGCCCUCUCGGGCCCUGUGCAAGCUAGUGGCCUGGUCUGUGACCAGCUGCUGGCCACCCAGAGUGGAGGCAUAGCCAGGGUAGAGGACAGAGCCCGGGAGAGGCAAAGCCACCUGACAGAACCAGACACCCAGCUUGGACUUGAGCAUCUCAGCAGGAAGUGACUUCAACAAACCUUGCCAGGUCCGAGCCACAGGCCUCGAACUGGUUGUGGAGCCUGUUUUCUAUUCUCCUUGCCGCCUCUGUCCCUCCAUGCCCUCCGUGCAGGCCCUGCCUGUCCCAUCCUCCAGUGAGCACAUGGCAGAGGGGACCGGCCAGCAGUCCUAACCAUCCCAGUCCUGCCUGGCCUGGGGUGCACACAGUGGCCAGCUGCUCCCCAAGGGCCGGCUGCCCCUCCCCCACUAGGAUUUCACUCGCCUCCCCUUCUGCCCCUCUGCCUGACCAGGGCCUCCCCACCUGGGAGAUGAGGGCGCUGUAGAGAGGAACCAGGUGCUCAGUCAGCUGAACCUAUUUCGUGGCUGGGGUUAGGGGAGCAGGUUGGAGGCUGGGGAGCUCAGGGGACCCUAAGGUAGCUUCCCCUCCCCUGUGAGGUGGGACCAGCAGGGACAAGAGACCCCUGGGGUCAGAGCUGUUUGCUGUUUCCAGCUGGACA